GUUUUAUUUCGAAGCGACCCUGCCGUUUGGACUCGGAUCUGCGCCGUACUUGUAUGAUGAGCUAGGUUUGGCUUUGGAUCAUAUUUUCAUUUCGACACUCGCGUUAUGGAUACAGCGAUAUGUGGACGAUUUUCUAAAAGUGCACAAGACAAUACAAUAUUCUAUAGCUUUCGCUGAGUUAGAUGCUCUGUUAGCGCAGCUAGAUACGAUAGGCAUUCCAGUUGCACGACAUAAGACGCUGGCAGCGCUCACAUCUGCUGAGUAUUGUGGCGUUGUUUUUAACACAAUUCUUCACAACGUGUCAAUCUCACAUAAAAAAACGCGCAAAGUACGAAGCCUUAUUUUCCAGCUGGCUGAAUCGUACAAAGGCCACGGUCAAAGAAUGCCAAAGUCUGGCUGGCUCACUGAAUUGGUUGUCAGCAAUUAUCCCAGAGGCUGCGCCACUGAUGAAUGGCAUUUAUAGCC